AUGGGCGCACUGCGCGUCUUCAACCUUGAUCGCAAGAGAAAUGUGGACUUUCCCAGUCACCCAGUUUGUUACUUACAACAAGAAAACCUCACUUCUACCUGCCAGACUUUUAUUUUGGAAAGUUCAAAUCUGAAAGAAUAUGCAGAACACUGCACAGAUGAAGGUUUUAUUCCAGCCUGCUUACUGUCCUUAUUUGGAAAAAACUUGACAACAAUUUUGAAUGAAUACGUAGCCAUGAAAGCAAAAGAAACAUCAAAUGAUGUCCCAGCAAUAAUGUCAUCUCUAUGGAAGAAGUUAGACCAUACACUUUCUCAGAUCAGGAGUAUGCAAAGUUCCCCAGGGUUUGCUGCCAGUCAGAGAGCCAGAACAAGAAGUGGAAUUGCAGAAAUCAAACGGCAGAGAAGACUUGCAUCUCAUGCAACUCCAGUCAGUUCGGAUGUGCUGACUUUACCAUAUCUUUCAGGACAAUUUACUACUACUCCUUUGACAACUACACAAGUUGUUAGAUCAGCUAGCCAAAUUUCAACUCCACUGAGGUCAAACUUUGUAGUAGUUAACCCUUCACAGUCGCAAGACACUGUAACUACUGGAGAAGUUUUAAAUAUGAUUCCUGGUCUUCAGGAACGGAAAACUCAUGCCAGUUUAAUGUCUCCUGGUAGACGUAAAAGUGACUACCAAAAGAAAGCUAUCACUUUGUCUGGUCCUCAUUCAACGAUACGAAAUUUUCAGGAUCCAAAUGCAUUUGCAGUAGAAAAACAAAUGGUUAUUGAAAAUGCACGAGAAAAAAUAUUAAGCAACAAAUCUCUUCAAGAAAAGCUUGCAGAAAACAUUAAUAAAUUUUUGACUAGUGACAACAAUAUUGUUCAAGUACCUAAGCAAACAGAUAGCAACCCUACUGAGCCAGAAACUUCAAUUGAUGAACUCCUGGGACUUCAGAGUGAAAUCCAUAUGUCUGAGGAAGCUAUACAGGAUAUAUUGGAACAGACAGAAUCAGACCCAGCAUUUCAGGCACUCUUUGAUCUCUUUGACUAUGGUAAGACAAAGAGUAAUAAAAAUAUACCACAAGGCAUUUCCAGUCAGCACAUGGAAUCCAAUCCCAAUGUAGUCUUAGCAGAUGAAACUAAUCUAGCAGUUAAAAGUCCUUUUGAAACCGAAGCAUCUGAUGAUCAAUCUAAUCAGCUCCCAUUUUGUACAUAUCAAAAUGAAGAUACAUCAAACACUUUGAAGAAUAGCAGCAACCCUGAUGAGCUUAAACAGGAAGCCCAGGAACAUUUUUCUCAAAUAGGCUCUAGCAUUCAAAAAAAGGCCUUUAAAACAGCUGGACCUAUGGAACAGAAGUGUAACCUUGACAUUACCUUUGAGACUGUGCCUGACUUGAAUGACUUUAACCAAAGAGGAAAUUCUGAUACUGUAUGUAGCCAGCAUUGUACUGAAUUAUAUACCAGUCAAAUGUCCACCGAGACUGAAAUGACUAUGGAAGUUGACAAAAAUCCUUUGCCUUCAAAUGUGCCCAGUGACUCUCAGUUACAACCUGACCAGUCUGAUAUACAAAUAGCUUCAUUUAUUUCACUUGGUGAAACCAACAAUGAAAACUUAAUUCUCUCUGGAAAAGGUUCACAACUUUUAUCUCAAAAUCCAUCUAAAAAAAGUCCAUUUUGUGAAACUCCUAAUGAUACAGUAAGACUUAAAACUAAUUUUCAUGGUUCCAAGUCACCAGAUUCUAGUGAAAUCCACCAGAAUAAAAAUGAAAUAAAUAAUGUAUUACCUAUUGCAUCGCAGCAACUUUCAGAUUGCCAAGAUAACUCUUCACUUCCAAGUAAACUAUUAUGUGUAUCUGUUGAAAAUUCAGGUUUAAAUAUAUCUGAACAACAAGUAGAUAUUUGUCUUGGAGAUCCAGUAACAUCAGUUAAAUUACCUAAUGAUUCGCUGUCAGUUGAAUUAAAGCAUACAGAAAAUGGAACUCAGCCGUCAAAGUCUGAGAAAGCUGCUUUAGAUUCACAAGAGUCUUCAGCUUCUGUUAAAGAAAAUGGAGAUACUAUUUUUCUCUCUUUGAGUGAAAGUAAUAAUUGUGUUGAAGUGGCUUUGAUGCCUCCAGAGGGUAAUCCUGUAGAAGAUAGUCACUCUCUUCCUUCAGAAUCUCUGUGUCCCUCAAUGGGAGAUUCUAAUGUUGAGUCGCAAAAUACUGGUGAUAAACCUAGGGACAACUCAACAGAGAUAGAUGCAUCGAAUAUUGUCUCUCUCAAAAUUAUUAUCAGUGAUGACGCAUUUGUUCCCUCAGAUACUGAACUCAGCAGUGUUGUAUCUAAUAAUAUCAGUGGAGAAAACUUGCCAACUAUAAUAUUAUCUUCUGCCAAAUCAUCUACCAAAAAUACAGAAUUAGUUAAAUGCCUAUCUUCUGAGGAAACUGCAGGUGCUGUUGUAUCUGCUGAACGAGUGGGAAAUUCACCCUCAGUGGAGCAGGGUCUGUUAACACUCAAACCUGAACACGCUACAAUAAGCAACCUUCAGAGUGAAGACAGCAACACUACUUCUGCAAAUGUUGCAUCAGGUGUAUCUAAGGAUGCAGGAUAUAUACAGUUGAUGCCAGCUACAAGCGCAACUUUUGGCAAUUCAAAUAAUAUACUAAUAGCUACCUGUGUGACUGACCCAACAGCCUUGGGAACAACUGUAAGUCAGUCUAAUGUUAUGGUGUUGCCUGGAAAUUCUACACCUAUUGCUGCUCAACCUCCAGUACCUCAGUUACAGACACCUCCAAGGCCAAACAGUUUAUUUGCUGUCAGCCAAACUAUGUCACCAAACUUUUCCCAAGGAUCUGCUAUCAUAAUUGCUUCUCCAGUCCAGCCAGUUCUUCAGGGAAUGGUGGGAAUGAUCCCUGUAUCUGUAGUUGGGCAGAGUGGAAAUCGCUUUUCUGCUCCUCCUCGGCAGGUUCUUCAUAUGCCUUUGGCAGCACCUGUAUGCAACAGAAGUAUCCCUCAAUUCCCCGUCCCUCCAAAAUCUCAGAAAGCUCAGGGACUCAGAAAUAAGCCUUGUACAGGAAAACAGGUAAAUAACUUGGUGGAAUCUUCAAAUCAGUCAGCUGGAUUUCUUGCACAAAGAACUGAAAUUUCUGACAAGAAUAUGGCCACAGAUCUUGGAAGGAAAUUGGACGAAAGCACAGUUCCCUUCUCAGGAGAGAGUACAGUGCCAACAAGCAAGCCAUUUGAAAGCCACAGACGGGUGCUCUGUUUUGAUAGCACUGCUCCUCUUGUGGGAAAUACACCGGGACCAAACCAUAAGGUGGUGUCCCAAAACAAAGAAAAGAAUGAAACUUCAUUUCCUAAUCUUGACUCUCCUAUUGCAUCCUCCCCCUUAAAAUCUCCUUCAAAUAAUGCUAUCAAAAAAGACAAAGAAAAACCUCCAGUGCCUAAGCUUUUAUCUAAAUCAGAAGCUGCCAUUAACCGGCAUACCACUGUAAGAGAAGCGCAGCCAGAAAAGAAAGCUUUGUCAACAGAAAUUGUGCUUGAAUCUUUCCAUAAAGCAACAGCGAAUAAGGAGAAUGAAUUGUACAGGGAUAUGGAAAAGCAAAAAAAUCCAGAAACUACAAAACUGUCUAAUGGUCAGCAAAACGGGAGUUCACGGAAUGAGAAAACGGUGGCUUCGUUACAAGAACUCACUAAAAAUCAGGGCACAUCCUCAAACAGUAAAAAUGUCAUUUCAGUAGGAGCUGCUGUGAAGGAUAUAAAACAAGAACAAACUAAAUCUGCCAGUUGUCUGAUUAACCCAUUAACCAAACAUACUACAGAAAUGUUACAAGAUGGUCAGUGGCAUAGCCCAUUAAGUAGGCUUGCUGACGGUGCUGACUUACCACCUGUACCCCGGACACCUGGCUCAGGGGUAGGGGAGAAACAUAAAGAAGAACCUACAGAUGGUAUCAAGGUCCCAAGUAGUCGGCGCAUCGGAGAAGACAGUAGCACAACCAAAGUAAUGGUACCUCCUGUCACCCUAGACUUGCCUGCUUGCAGCCCUGCCAGUGAGACGGGGAGUGAAAACAGUGUGAGCAUGGCCGCCCAUACCUUAAUGAUCCUCUCCAGGGCAGCCAUCUCUAGGACUACUUCAGCAACUCCUCUCAAAGAUAACACACAGCAGUUUAGAUCUUCAAGGAGCAACACAAAAAAGCGGAAAAUUGAGGAGCUAGAUGAAUGUGAGCGCAACUCACGUACGUCUAAUAAAAAUCUUGGCAAUUCGUCAGUACCAAUGAAAAAGAAGAAAAUUAAGAAAAAGAAGCUACCCAGUUCAUUUCCAGCUGGAAUGGAUGUGGACAAAUUUUUGUUAUCAUUGCAUUAUGAUGAAUAA